GACCGGGAAAGAACCAAAUAGGCGGUAAUCAACCCACGACGCAUCCAAACUGUCGGGUUCCCGCAACCCGGGAACCAACAAGGUCCUGUAUAAUAACGAGUGGGAAUAUUAUUUACUAUUAUUAUUUUGCCUUGACCGGGAAAUCGCCACUGCUCUGCCGACCCAGUACGUACACAUACAUGUAACACCAAUCCGAGCCACCAUGGAACUGCUCAAAAUCGCCUUUGACAUGCUGCCUCGGAGGCUUCGGCGUUCCUCAGGUUCGGGUUCAGAGCAAGCAAUUCUCAGCAACAAAAAGGCCACGGCCGCGACACUUCUUUGCGCCGCCUGCUCGCUGCAAACAGGCUCUGGAGUAUCGGAGCUUCCGUAUUACGGCCGGAGUCCGCCGGUUUAUCCGUCCCCAUCCGGCAAUGGCUCCACAAAUGCCCGGUGGUCUCUCGCUUACGGCCACGCACAGGAUCUGGUCUCGCGCAUGACGGUCGAGGAGAAAGUAAACAUCACCCGGGGCUGGCCCGGCCCCUGCGUAGGCAAUACGGGCGAGGUGCCCCGGCUGGGAAUCCCCGCUCUCUGCUUCGCUGAUGGGCCCUCGGGCAUCCGCGGACAAGAGUUCGUGUCGGCCUUCCCCGCCGGCAUUCAUCUGGCGGCCACCUUCGACAAGGAUCUCAUGUACCGCUACGGCCAGGCACUCGGCAGCGAAUACUACGGAAAGGGCAUCAAUGUCGCCCUAGGCCCAGUCGCCGGUCCCCUUGGCCGCGUCGCCAAGGGCGGUCGGAACUGGGAGGGGCUCAGCAACGACCCCUAUUUGGCCGGUGCCGGCAUGGGCGCCAUCACCCGCGGCAUCCAGGACGCUGGCGUAAUCGCCACGCCCAAGCACUGGUUGCUGAAUGAGCAAGAGUUCCGCCGCAGGUGGACUCCCAUGGGCGAUGCCAUCAGCGCCAACGUCGACGACCGCACUCUGCACGAGCUGUACGUCUUCCCCUUCAUGGAUGCGUUGCGUGAGGGAGCUGGCGCUGUCAUGUGCAGCUACCAGCGGGCCAACCACUCGUACGCCUGUCAAAACUCGAAACUGUUGAACGGGAUCCUCAAGACGGAGCUCGGCUUUGAGGGGUUCGUCGUCAGUGACUGGGAUGGCCAGAUGUCCGGGGUAGCCUCGGCCAAGGCAGGCCUGGACCUCGUCAUGCCUGGUGCCGGUUUCUGGGGCGAUAGUCUGGCGCAAGCCGUGCACAAUGGGUCUGUGAGCGAAGAGCGCAUCAGCGACAUGGCCACUCGCAUCCUGGCGCCGUGGUACAAUCUCGGCCAACAGAACACCUACCCACCGCCGGCCAUUUUUGACAACCUCCAAAAGCACUUUCCCGUCGAUGUCCGUGGAGACCACGCCAACCUGAUUGAAGAGAUCGGUGCAGCUGGCACAGUCCUCGUGAAAAACGUUAACAACACCCUGCCGCUCAAGAAGCCUAAGUUCCUCUGCAUCUACGGCUACGACGCCACCGUCAAGGCGGGUCCUUGGCAGAACCGCGACCGCUACAGCGGCGGUUACGACGAGAACUUUGGCUGGAACACCUUCAACGGCACGCUCGUCACCGCGGGCGGCUCCGGGGGAAACACGCCGCCGUACGUCAUCUCCCCCUUCCAGGCCCUGCAGGAUCGCAUCACCAAGGACGGGGGUAUCUUGCGCUGGGACUUUUACUCGGACAACCCUACCCCUUACGUCAACACCGAGGCGUGUCUCGUGUUCAUCAAUGCCUACGCCUCGGAGAGCUUCGACCGUACCAACUUGACGGACGAGUUCAGCGACAGGCUGGUGCUGAACGUCGCUUCGUGGUGCCCCAACACCAUCGUCAUCAUCCACUCUGCCGGAAUACGCACCGUCUCGGCAUGGAUCUCGCACCCCAACGUAACAGCAACGCUCUUCGCGGGCCUCCCAGGCCAAGAAUCCGGGCACGCCCUCACCUCGAUCCUCUACGGCGCCACCAACCCAACCGGCCGACUCCCGUACACCAUCCCGCGCUCCGAGCACGACCUCCCCCCCGACCUCCUCGACCCCUCCCUCUCCACCGCCCCCUUCCCCGAAACCAACUUCACCGAAGGCCUCCACCUCGACUACCGCCACUUCGACGCCCACCGCAAAGACCCCGAAUUCCCCUUCGGCUUCGGCCUCUCCUACACCACCUUCACCUACACCAACCUCACCCUCACCACCACCACCACCCCCACCACCACCUCCUCCGCAUGGACCGAGUUCCCCGACCCACACACGCCCAUCCGCCAGGGCGGCCACCCAGCCCUGUGGGACGUGCUCGCCGUCGCGCGCUGCGCCGUCACCAACGCGGGGGAUGUCGAUGGCGCCGAGGUCGCGCAGCUGUAUAUCGGCGUGCCGGGGGCCGGGGUGCCAGAGUCUCAGGGGGGGGAUGUGCAGGCGCCGGUAAGGCAGCUUCGCGGGUUUGUGCGGGUGGGCCCGCUGGUACCGGGCCAGGCGCGCGAGGCGGUGUUUGAGUUGACAAGGCGGGAUUUGAGUGUCUGGGAUGUGGAGGCGCAGGCGUGGCGGUUGAGGAGGGGGAGGUAUAGGGUGUGGGUGGGGGGGAGUAGUCGGGAUUUGAGGGUCGGGGGGGAGUUGGUGGUUGGGUGAGUGAGUGGGGGGUGUUGGGGCGGUUACUGGGGUGGGUUGGGGGUGGCAUUGGGUGGUGUUAGGUACGUAGGG